UAUAAAACUUGCUUGGUCAUCAGCUGUCUCCUACCUCGGUCCAUUUACUCCAUCACCAAUUCAGCCAAGCUUGGACACACACACCAUCCCCAUGGCUGCUUCUCCGAGCAAAGCAUGGAACAUCCAGAAUUACAUCCUCGCCGCUCUCGGCGGAACCCUCGCCGCCACCGCCAUCGUCAUCACGGUCUCGGCAAUCUUCGAGCCCGCCCGCAUCAGCUUCUCCGUCACCCACGCCUCGCGCACCACGCUGGGCGAUAGCAGCGGGGUGUGGCUCAACCUCACCGUUUCUGCCAACAACAGAGGCCACCAACGAACCAAGGUGCAGUACGAGAGCAUCUUCAUCGACCUGGUGAACAGCACCAAGCCCACGGCACGGGACAGGGUCCAUGCCGAUGUCAAUGCCACGGCAUGGGCUAACAAGACCCUGCCCAGCCCUAGCCUGUUAAGCGUCGACGCGUCGGCUCUCCUCAUCGACGAGAACACGAGGGAGGGCUUCGCCGGCGACCAGGUGAACUUGACCGUGGUUGUGAUGGCGCAGGUGCACUUCAAGGUCGGCGUGGCUCGCACGAGGCUCUACGGCAUCAAGGUGUUCUGCGGCGGCGUCCACUUCGCCCAUGUUCAAGACAACUCAUCAGAUGCUACUGUCAGAUAUUGCCAUAGUUAAUUUCCUGCCCAUCUGUAGUUCACUUCGUGUGUGUUGUGGUUGUUUAGAGUUACCGGUUUUUGAGAAAUGUGAUGAGCAUUUAUUAUUUGAAGUAUAUUAUUUAUGUAUUUAUUUUGGACAUGCUAGCUGAGAGUGAUGGACUAUUUAUGCGAGUAUGUACAUACAAGGUGUUUCCGGAAGUCAUCAAAGAAGAUUUAUUUGUGGCAUCUUUUUGUUUAUGAAAUUCAACCAUACUAAGGUCGAAUUUUCCAUGGUA